AUUGAUAAAAAAAGAGUACUUGUUUCGUAACAGCUCGAUUUGCUGAAACUACUGUGCGAUCCGAAAAUUUAACAAAUCUCCCAAAAUGUAUCAUCAACUCGGCAAAAUCUCGGGUAGGCUGGUAGCUGCGAGCCACCUGCAAUCGCCACUGUUCCCAAUUGCACCAAUUGCUUUGCAACGAGUGGAGGUUCCGCAGAUCCAGUACACCACAGCACAGUUGUCGACUGUGACGGAAGCCAGCGCAUGCCCCGCCCCCGGCAAGAGGAGACUGAUUCCUGGCACCAACCAGCCCUACCCGCCCGUGCCCGAGGCCAUCCGUAAACGCCAGGAGCAGUUCCAGACUGAUGAUGACGUUCCUGUAUUCCUGAAGGGAGGUCCUUUCGACGGUAUCCUGUACCGCUUCACAAUGGCCCUUUGCAUUGCUGGUAUCAUUGGUGUGGCUCACACCAUCUACAUCCACGCUGUACCCAAGAAAGAAUAAAUGCACUGACCUAUUAAAAGAAUUAUGUAUUAGUGGCCUGUGUUAUUAUAAGUUAUAAAAGCACUGUCAUUAGUGAAAAUAAAAACGUGAAAAUCA